UGGGUUGCCAAGAUGGCGGCAGCGCGGGAGACAGUGCCAGUGUUGGCUGAUGAAGCAACGAACCCCCGGCCAGGUGCUUGUGAAGUAGCCAGUUUCGUUUUAUCCGUCACCAGUGCACAGUUCAAACACCUACUAUUUUCUAUUUGUGUUUUUAACUGAUGGAGAGCGUCUAAGAUGGGGAACGGAGACGUGUUAGUGGAGGUGGAGGAGAAGAAGGUGCCGGAAGUGCUCGAAGUACUCAAGGCCGAUGGAAACUGGCCCUUCUCAUUCCUGAUGCACCAGCUGAUUAAACUUAUGCAAGAAUUCAAGAAAUCAACUUAUUGCAACUUCAAACAGAGGCUGUUCUUAGUUGGAAAGACCAUUGAUGAGGGAACAAUCAUUGUAUUGACAUCUUUCAAGGGUAACAGCACCAGUACAACGUACGUGCACAUCUACAGCUGCGGUGACGACACGCAGGACAUUGCUGCAGCGUUGCAGAAUCCUGCAGUGCCCUGGGACAAGGACCAAGUGAUAUUUGACGUUGUAUACGGCAGCGUGAGGCCCUUCGUACUCGAGACACUCAAGGGCCGAGGAGUCAAGUAUACCGAGGCUACAAACAGCCUCUAUUGGAUAAAUCCUGAAGAACAACACAAACUUGAUGAGAGAAAUCCGCCUUCAGAUGUCACAAUUCUGUUUUUGAAUGAAGGCCACGCCAAAGAGAUCAAUGAAAAAUGGUCACUUAAGUUCCUAGACUCUGAAAACAUGAUUAAAGACUGCAUUCUUACUAGUUUUGGAAUGGGAGUCGUGCGCAAAAGUGACAGGAAGUUGCUGAGUCACGGUUUGUGCAACCAUGCCGGCGCAAUCUUCAUCCUCCACACAGAUCCGCCAGAACGGCGCAAGGGCUACGCCAGUUUACUGAUCACUAGCAUCAUUCGGGAGACGAUCAAGCGCCAGAGGACUCCUAUAGCGAUCAUCGACAAUAAGAACUCCUCCUCCGAGAGUCUCUUCAAGAAGUUCAACUUUGUUCCAUUUAUCCCCACCAAGUACUAUGCCGUCACCAAAACUUGAUACUGGCUGUGAUAUUUGCUCAAUCUGUGUUACUAAUUCUUCACAAGCUUUUUAAAUAACAUCUCAAAAAUCUUCGCUAAAAUAAAUAUAUUUUUGCAAAAGUU